AUGCAUCAUCAAAGACAAAAUUAUCCUCCAGACAUAUUCUUCCACAAAAUUGACUUCUCAAAUAAGCCACCUCCACCAGUUCCAGUUGAUUUCGAUGCCCUCGGUGAUUAUAGUGACCUUACUGCAGAAAUUGUUGAUCCAGUAAUUGAAUUUGAAGUUGAUAGACUUCACAAGAAAUAUAUUGCCGACGAAGAAAAUUAUGUCGAUAUAAAUCUUCGUGAAAAUCCAAUUAUUUGGUAUAAUCGAAUACAAUCAAGUCCAUCAUCACCGUCGCCAGCGAAAAAAUCCAUAGCAAGUACUUCAAAAGCAGCUAAACUACAACAACUCAAAAAACUCUCGGAUUGUACAAGAUGCAAAAUGCUUAGCAAAAUUAAGAAAGCCAAAUUCAAGUUGCGUUAUAAGUUUUUGAUGACAAAAUUGGAACAAAAUGCUGGAGCAUUACAAAAUCUCAGGAAUUGUAUUGCCGGUGCUGAAGCAAACCUAAGGUGUAAAGGAAGAAGUGAAGAAGAUUUGAGGAAGUUGCGAGAGGCAAUGGGAAUCGAUAGAGUUAGAGUUCAAAAUCUACCAGAAAUCAACAGGAUGAUAUUUAGAGCUGCUGAAAAUGAAUUAGAAUAA